GCCACCCCAUCGCGUUGCCAUCGCCGGAAGACGUUCAAAACCCUAGCAAAUCCCACAUCCCUCCCUCUCGCCCUCAUCCCCCAUUCCCCAUCCGCUGCCCGUCGCCGGCGUUAGGAUGGACAACCGACGGCCACCCAGGACGGUCAGCGACCCCAAGGUCCGGCAAGUGGGCUUCGUCACCCCCGGCGCCGCCCCGCCCGCCCGCUACCUCUCCGAAGCCCCCACUGCCGCGGCUGCCUCUUCCCCUCCCUCCGGAGACACCGGCCCCCCUGCUAUCUCCACCUCCCCGGUCAUGAUCCCCCCGCCACGCCACUCCCCCUCCGCUCCCCUCGCCGUCCCCAACCCCGCCCGCCGCGACAGCCUUCAGAUCCAGGUCGGCGGAUAUAACCCGCCGGAAGUCCUCCUUGAGUCGCCCCCCUUGACGUCGCCGUCCAGCCGGAUGGACGACGCGGUCUCCCAGUUCUCCGAGGAUCCUUCUAUGUCUCCAUGUAAUGGUCGGAGUGAGGCGGCAAAGGUUGCGUCUUCCUUCCCUGGGAGUAGCGGUGAAAUGAUGGUGAUGAAGGCUGGUAUUGUUGGUGGCGGCAGCAAUACUCCGAAGAGCUCGUGGACGACUGCAUCGGUGGCGAAGACACGGCCCGGUAUUUCAGAAAAAGAAAGAGGAGCUGUUGUGGGGAUCCAAAAUGAUGGGGCAGGGGUAUCAAAGACACUCAAGGAGAAAACAACAAAAGCUGAGAGGCGUGCCCUCCAAGAGGCCCAACGUUCUGCAAAAGCUGCAGCAAAGGAAUCUGGUGCUGGAGUCAAGCUUUCAGCUACACCAGGAGGUGCAGUUCCUGCAAACACAAAGCAGGGUAAAGUUGUCAAGCCUCCUGCACAAAAGAAAGAUGGGCCUCAAGUUGCAAAUCCAUCUGUAUCUUCCGAAAAGAAGGUCGUUGAUCGACCUCCUGAAAAGGAUCGGAAGAAGGACGUUCCUCCUCCACGUAUGCAAUUUGAUGAUAUCCAUAGGGUUGAAAAAGCAAAACGACGUGCAGUGGUUUAUCAAUUUGAAGCUAAAAACAGAGUUGAAUUGUUCCGGCAUUUACCUCAAUAUAUACAUGGAACUCAGCUUCCAGAUCUUGAAACAAAGUUCUUUCAACUUGAUCCAAUGCAUCCUUCUGUUUACAAGGUUGGACUUCAGUACUUGUCUGGUAAUAUAUCAGGUGGCAAUGCUCGUUGUAUUGCAAUGCUUCUUGCAUUCCGAGAGGCAAUCCGAGAUUACUCUACACCCCCUGAAAAGGCACUUGUUCGAGAUUUGACUGCAAAAAUAAGUAGUUAUGUGUCAUUUCUAAUCGAGUGUAGACCUCUUUCAAUUAGCAUGGGAAAUGCUAUCAGGUUUUUAAAAAAUAGAAUUGCUAAAUUACCAGAUACAAUGCCGGAAUCAGAAGUGAAAUCUAGUCUUCAAUCUGACAUUGAUCGUUUCAUAAAUGAGAAAAUAGUGAUUGCUGAUAAGGUUAUAAUUAGGCAUGCUGUUACCAAGAUCAGAGAUGGGGAUGUUCUCCUAACAUAUGGAUUAUCUUGUGUUGUUGAGAUGCUAUUAGUAUACGCCCACGAGGUUGGGAAACAGUUCCGUGUUGUUAUAGUUGAUUCUCGCCCAAAGCUUGAAGGGCAGGUAUUGCUCCAUAGAUUGGUGGCCAAGGGCAUUAACUGCACAUACACACAUGUAAAUGCAAUUUCAUACAUCAUGCAUGAAGUCACACUGGUUUUUCUAGGAGCUGCCUCAGUGCUGUCCAAUGGAACUGUUUACUCAAGAGUUGGUACAGCUUGUGUAGCUAUGGUUGCAAAUGCUUUCCGGGUUCCCGUUCUAAUAUGCUGUGAGGCUUAUAAGUUUCAUGAAAGGGUACAACUUGAUUCUAUAUGUUCAAACGAGCUAGGUGAUCCAGAUGUCAUUUCAAAAGUUCCUGGAUGGAAAGAUUUAAACCAUCUGGAUAAUCGGGCUGACAUUGAGAAUCUGCAGCUUUUAAAUCUUACUUAUGAUGCAACACCUUCUGAUUUUGUGUCAAUGAUUAUCACGGAUUAUGGGAUGCUCCCACCUUCCAGUGUGCCAGUCAUCGUGCGAGAAUACCGCAGGGAGAACUUAUGGAUUUAGAGGCCUCCUCAUUCCAAUUGCCAAUGCAGAUCGAACAGAGAUUCCGCAAAGAUCUGCAAAAGCAUUAUUAUUGUUCAAGCAGGACCACCUGUUGCAGAAAAAUAGCGACAAAGUGUUUGGUGUGUUUGCAGCUAGUGUCCUCUUAAUUACUGCAAUAGCUUUUUCCUGCUAUAUAAUGGCCAUAGUCAAUCUAAUUUACAGAUCCAUCUUAAUCUUCAUAGCUGAGAAUCCGACUGCAGCAUAUUGAUCAAUUAUUGGGGUUUCAGUAGUUGAUCGUACUCUUGAAGUUCCAACAUGUUCCAAUAUGUUCGAUGUUACAUAAUUCUGGUGUGGUGUAGUUUCAGCAUGUUGAAUGUUUUAUUACCUCUUGGAAUCAUUAUGAUGGUACGACGUAAAGAAUCAAGUUGUGAUUGCUCUGCCCCCCAUCCAGGCAAUAUUUACUCACAGGUGACUGUUGUCCCACCGAAGACUGGACAUUUGUUGGUGGGCAACUUUUGUCCGAACACGAAGGGUGGGUCCAUAGCCAUCAAAUGUUGCCGUCUCUCAAGUUCUCAUCCUACUUGUGGGGUUCACUGUAACCUAUACUGUUGCAGGUCUGACUUGGUAUAGCCGAGUCCCACUCCCCAAUAGCUUUUAACCCAAUGACUAGGUACUCAUUCUAUCUCUCUCUCUCUCUCUCUCUCAAUUCAUUUGGUAUACUCACUGUUGUUUAAGGAACAUGGUGAAAUUGAAGAAUAAUGGAAAGUUAUAUUGAGUGCUGCUACAAACCUUCAAGGGCUUUCAGGUACUUGAAAAGCUACAUGUAUGCAAGAAUCCAACGGUAGAGUUUGUUGGCUACAACUCAAGGUUUCUAAUGGCCACCUCAGGAGAAGGUACAUUCCUUAUUCCUUUCUCCUUCGUUGCUCACUUGCUUUCGUUUCCUUAAAUGCUUGGGAAUAAAGCGGGUGUUCUUAUCCUGAUGACCUAUUUCAGCCUCUUUGAGAUGCACAGCAUGUGUUUGUUGGAAAGUUCAGCAACUGUUGCCCCUCAGAAAAGGCUUUUUGGCCGUGUAGAUGUCAUCCAUCUUUUGACACGAUUGUCCAACCCAUGAGUGACCCCUUUGGCAUUUUAGGAAGCGGCUUGCUCUUCUGUCGCUCGCUUGCCUUAAAAACUGAUGAGAGAGCGUGCCGACUCCCAUCCCAACAAGACUUGGAAGCUGAAAGCUGAAGAAGAAGAAGAAGAAGAAGAAGAUGGAAACUCCUUCGUCAGAGCUGCUGCCGCCGCAACCUGGUGUCGAUCUCUCCCUCACCUUGGCUCAGUCUUCGACCAGCGGCGCUGACAGUGGCAGUGGCAGUGGCCAUGACCGUGACGCAAGGGACGUCAGGCUCUUCCCUUGCCUCUUCUGCAACAAGAAGUUCCUCAAGUCCCAGGCUCUUGGCGGCCACCAGAACGCCCACAAGAAGGAGCGAAGCGUGGGGUGGAGCUCCCACCUCUACCUCCCACCCCCCGCCACCGUCGCCGUCCCUCCUCACCACCUUAACCCCUAUUCCUUCCCCAUCGCCUCCCACUCGUGCAAGCCUGCUGCCUGCACCAGCCACGGCCUGUCUGACGGCUAUGGUGCCCCCCGCUUGGUGGCCGACCGCGGUGGCCUCGCGUUCCCACCGCCGCCGAUGAGCUGCUCCGCCUGGUGCAACGAGACCAUCGACCUCCUGAAUUGGCAGCGGGCUUCCCACCCCCACCGGCCAUCAUCACCACACCUCCCUUCUCCUCCUCCUCCUACUCCUCCCGUUUCAUCCCAUGGUGACGACAAGGCCAUGCUCGAUCUCUCCCUAAAGCUCUAAUCCUUAAGGACAGUGUUUGCUGCAGUACGAAGUCAGUAGCCGAUUACUACUUGUUUUCUGCUCCGUGUCGUCUUCCGUAAGUGGCUCUGCUGCAGCCAUGGAAAGAAGACUGUGCCUGAUACGUCCAUAAGCUUCUUCUGUGCAUGGUGGGUGGUGGGACGUCGACACAACGUGGAGGUCACAUCAUGUUCCCUUCCACUCAAGUUAUUCAUCACCUUUGUUUGAAAAGUUAAGCCCAUCAAUCAACCUGCGUUUGGGCCAUCCUGCGUCUUUUCAAGAGCAUGAUGGAGCUGACGAGAUGAUUGGGAUCCCCUCUCUUUCUCUCUCUCUCUCCCUCCCUCCCUCGAUGGACGUGCAGAUUGGGCGCCCUGCCAUGGCCGUGUGGUGUGGGAUUAGCACAUUACCGAGUGUUUUGAUGUAACACCGAGUGAUUGAUUUGAGGUCUCAAACAGUGUGAUGCAUCAUGCCUAACACGGUUGAUUGCCAUUCCAAACU